GUUAGAUAAUAAUUUUUAUUUAAUUAUAAAACAUAUAAACACAUGAAUUGGAAACAAAUAUAGCAUCAGAAGCGAUAUUGAAGCAUGAUUCUAAAUUUAAUUUUUUUAUACACGAGCUUUGAGACAGAUAAGUAUGCUGGAAUGUACACGUGUAGAAUUAUUUAAUCAAAUUCUACUUUCUUUUUAAUCAAAAGCACACUCAAAGAUAAGUAUCUCGUACUGGUGUUUCCCAGUAAAUGACCGUUGCACUGCUUGAUUUUUACAAUUGAUAUUAUUGUGCAGAUUAAAUAUAGCCUUUUUUUAAGGAAUAGCCAUCGUCUGCUCAAGAUGAAUCAAUUCAGGAUAACAUUGCGCAAUUUAGAAAAACUACAUACGAUUAUCCACAUUCAUAUAAAUAUUAUACCAAUAAAGAUAACAGAUAAAAGUUGUCUCUACAUGUUUAUAUCGAUUAAGGACAUUACAGCAGUUUACAUCCAUUAAUGCUGUAACCGCAGAUAAUCUGCUUUUGUUUCUAUAAUUAUAUAAAAAACUCAUUUGCAUUCAUUUACAAUAAAACGCAAUUUCACACAUUACGCGCACAACUUAUCCGAUAAGUAAAUCAGUGUCAAUCUAUAGAUCCAUCGUGUAGUUUUGUAAUCAUUGACGCUCUAAAUUUACACAGGUUGGUGAUAAGCAACGCCGAGGCGACGGAUGAGGACAAAAAUUGCUCAAGCCGUUUGAAACAUCGUAUUGUCUAAUCUAGCGUGGAAUAUUUUUAAGAUAUACAUGCAUACAUUAUUCCCAACAAAACUUCUCUCUUUUCCUAUGUAUCGCCAUAAAUGUAACUUAUGUAUAUGAUCAUCAGAAGUAUUCUAUUACAGUGCACAUAUCAAAAUGAUUUUUAGAAUCAGAAAGAUAAUUAUUGUUUGAUAAAUGAAUGAUAAAAUGAAUAAGAAAUAAAAAAAUUAUUUGAUCAAAUCGCUAAGAUUGUUAAUUAUUACGAAAACUAUUAUUGUCUCGUAUUGAAUUCAAUUUUUUGGACCAACAUAAAGUAAAUUCACUUGAACGAAAAGAGCGAUGUCAACCAUUAAAUUUUACUGCAAAUCUAAAUGUAUAUCUAAGUUUGCUGAAAAUCAAAAGAAUUGUUAUACACAUGGCAAUACCUGCAGGUACGGUAUGUAUUCAAGAGCCACAAUUCAAAUGAUUUUCAUUUUUUUGGCAACGCUUGCAAAAAACGUUGAUAUAGGGGUUAAGUAUGAAGCUCCUUGUGUUAUAAGCCGUCAAAAACUGGCUUCUGAUCAGGGAUAUAGAAGAUAUAAUUCUUAAUUAUAAUUCGUAUUACGAUAAUUUCAUUUUGCUAAGUGAUUUUAAUAUUAAUUGGCGGACUUCUUUGGCAUCUCAUCUUAUUCUAGGCGAGUCAUUUGAAUUAUGCGGUCUUACGCCGAUUACCUACGAUCCUCGAUGCCCAUCACCGAGUACAAACCAAUUCGCACACCUCCCUCUGUUGUACAAGACACAAUCACGGUACGAUCAUUUAAAAGGAGAAGCUUCACAGAAUUUAAGCGAGCUAUAGCAGGAAUCGUGUGGUAUGCCAUCUCUAUACUGGAUGAUGUUAAUGAAAAAGUCGAAUUUUUUCUAUCUUACUACUUUAGUAUAUAUGUAAGAUAAGCAUGUGUCCCUUCAUUCGCACCUUUGUAUCCAAGAAACCGCCAUUACCAUAUGGUACAAUUUUGCUGUGAAGCGCUAUGCAAUCUCACACAUUACAUAGAUAGAAGGCCUCUGUUCAAAUCAGGCGCUUAUCACCGCAAUCGCUCCGUACGGCAAUAUUACGGUACGCACCAUCUAACGGACUACAGUAACGAAAAAUAUCUACCUUACCGGCACUUUCUCGACGUUACUCUCUAGUUAACUUUAGUCUCUUCUUUGCCUUCUUUACACUUUCAUUUUUCGUAGCCAGGAGGCAGUACAAGCCAUAUUCCACUCGUCUACAAACAGCUCUCAAAUCUUACAAAAAAAGCGGCACUUUUUCUUGCAAGAACAUUUGUGCAACCUUUUUGUAAGUAGUAGAGUUUUUCACUAAGUUACACAAACCUUGCUGUAAAUACGAAUGUCGUACGGGUUAUCGUAAAUAUAUCAAUAAUUUUUUAUCAACAAUUCAAAAACUAUUUUAAAAAAACUUAAACGAAUCAUUGAAAGCAUUAUCUAUUGUGGUUUAUAAUUUUGGAGAAUUUUAAUUUUCAGCUGUUGAACUGUAAAUAAAAAAUGAUUGAUUUAUACUCUUUUGGAAAUGCCGAAAGCAGAUGAAUACGUUAAAAUAGUAUUUAUUGCAGUAUUACUUUAAUUGGCUCAUUUCACAUUUUUACCAUAAUCGCCGAUAUCAAGAAAAAUUAAACAUUUUGAUCUUAAAUAAUUCACGUUCAGAUGUAGAAUAUAGAGUUUUGAAAUCACUUUUUAGAAAAAGUAUAUAGUCGGCACGCUUAUUACGAAAAGAAUGAACCGUUGUUUUACAAGAUUUCGAGACUCUAUAGGAUUCAACGGUUCUUCAAGUUCUUUUGCUAUAAGGAAGGAAAGUGCGUCGGAGGAGACUGGAGAGCUUAAACAGACUCAUUCCGAGUUUGGGCUCGUUAACAAACAUCUGUAUUUUGAUCGCGAGAUUAUUUUAGUAAAAUUUUCCAUUCCUACACUUUUAAUGCGGCCGUUGCCGGUCUUGAGCUUGGGUAAACUCAAAGACAAAGGUGCCGUUUUUAAACGAGAGUCUCUUAUCUAGGUACGCAUUUAUUUAUCAUUCAUCAUUAAAAGUUGAUUGAACAAUAUUCGAAUCACGCGCUCGCGCCAGUGUUACCGAAAUAUGCCGCUAGAGCGGAUCAUCACAAUAACACUCGCUCGCAUCGGCGCAGACAGCUCUCGACGAAAAAGCCGGUUCGAGCCUUGUCUCUCUCCAAUCCAGCGCUCAGUCCACGAGCAGCUGACGUUCGCGUCGCGCACGUUUGUGUUCGUUCUAUUCCCCUCGCAUUAUCAUAUCGACGGAUUAUCGGCGCGAAGUGCGCGUCCGGGGAAAAAAGUGAGCGUCGUCCGUAAGGUUAUGACACGCUGCUACUGCAGCUGCUGUACUUCCAGAUCGAUGCAGCAAAGGUGCAGACUUGUCCUUAACAGCGCCAAGUGAGACAGUGGGUGGCUCUACUCGAGCGCAUGUUGUUCCGGCCGGGAGGAAGCCACGACUCGGGCGAAGAGCAGCUCCCGGGAUGCGCUGAGAUAGCGGGAAGGCGACACUGCAGGAUAGGCAAGAAGGCUGUCCGAAAACAUGACAAAGUAUUGGCUGAACGUGGCCCUUGUCAGGAUUCUUUUUCCUACGAUCCUCAUAGGAUGUACGAUAUGGAGACCUGUCGGGCUUUCACUGGUGUACCUGGCGCUGGCGCUCGUCUCGCCGAUCGUGCCGGUACCGACGUACAGCUCCAUGAACGGCCACACUGGCCGCUACCUCAAGGCCAGUAUCGGGCUCAGUCUCAUCGUCAGCCUCGUACAGCUCACCUUUCACAUAGUUCUUCUAGCGCUUCCACCCUACGGUCACUUUCUCCAAAACUGCGAGUUCGUAGAGACGCUGCUGAGACACAUAGGUCUAGUCAGGUUAGAUAGCGCGUCUGCGUGGGAGGUGUUCUUCUGGCUCACGCCGGAGAUCGUAGUCUUUCCGUCGAGCAUAGUCGUUUAUUUGACGUGUCGACGACUGAUCACCCCACCGCCCAGACAGGAGGACGAUAACUCUUCGCUGCAGAUUCAGGAGAAGAAGUCCAAGGAGCGAUCGGCCAAGAUAAUCAACUUCCUGGGCAGCAUCGGCACGUACGUCGUCCUAGCCACGCUAUGCUGCGCAGCUUCUCUGAAGCCCUCGGUGGAGGGCGGCUUCUACUUCCUGGUGUUCAUCGGCUCGGCGACCUGGUGGGCCUUCCACCGGGAGCUUCGUCGAGGCUUCGCUUUCGUCUGCCGCGUAGUCAUGGCAGUCGUGGCGGUGCACAUCGUGGUGCUGCUGUCCUACCAGAACCAGUGGCCCCAGGAGUACUUGCCGAUGAACAGCACCUGGGCCAGGUACUUCGCGCUCCAGGCCGUCUACGAGACCAACUGCACGGAUCCGAGGGACGUGGAGUACAUUGACGAUGCAGACUGGUCCACGUACGCUUACUCGUUGAGGCUGUUUCUGCUGUACUUUGUGCUGGCGCUGCAGUCCAAGUUCCUGUUUAAGAAACCGGCUAAGCAAAGAACGCGCCUAAGCGGCAAACUGGAAACGCUGGACACGCCACUGUCGCGGCACGUGUCCAUACGCAAAAGAACACCCUCGCAACGCUGGCAAUCUGCGCGACGAAAGGCUCGAAAGCCGAUCGCCGAGCCUGAGCCCUCGCAACCCAAUGAGAGGACGCCUCUGAUGCGGUUCGGAUCCGGACGCACUGGACUGCUUCAAGAUUCAACUGGGAGUGUCAUUGUACAAGACGGACAGCAGGACGACAGCAUUCAGCUGCAGUCGCUCAGCGAAGGUGUUUCAGAGGAGAAGCCUGGAGUUCUCGAGCACGUCAUCAUGGCAGUUUUUUCUGUCUUUCAACUUAUCGUCAAUUCGUCUUACUUAGCCACCAAUAUCAUUAUGAUGACUUGGAGCAUCAUGUACCAUAGUUGGACAACUUUCGCCCUGUUAUUAUGGGCCCUUGUUCUGUGGAUGGUCCCUAAUAAAAGAGCAUCGAUGAUGAAGUGUUCACCUUUCAUCGUUUUUUACUCGACGCUUCUUCUCCUGGUUCAAUAUGUAUAUAGCAUGGACCUGACCGAGGCGGAAUUGCCCACGAUUAUUCACGGCAUAAAAAUGGCAGACAUCGGUUUCAAGAAGCCGUCCGAAUUGAGUUGCUGGCAUCUCGUGGUCAAGUGUCUAUUCAUGACGAUGUUCUGGAUCACAAUGAGACAAUACACGGCGGAGAAAAUGAGGCAGCGCAGAUCGUCAACACUGCGAGACAUGGUAGCUCCUCUGCACGUGUCAGUAUCGACCGCGACGACAGCGAUGAACAAUCAAGCCGAGCCCGAAAUCAAGAGCAAAUUCAUGAAGGACGUAGGCGUCGUCGUCAAGAGGUUCAUGACCAAGUUUUGGAUAGCCGUCGUCGCUGUGAUGCUAUUCACCAGUGGCAUCACCGGCGAACGCAUGACCGUCUUCCGCAUCGUUUACAUGACUCUGUUUUUGUUCUUUAUCAUUACCUUCCAGAUAUCAUGGACGCUAUGGAGGAAAAUGAUGUAUGGAUUUUGGAUAACCGUUAUCGGAUACUCGGUCAUCAUGCUGAUUCUGGUGUAUACAUAUCAAUUUCCGGAUUUUCCCGAAUAUUGGGAAAAAUAUCUUCAUAUAUCACAGAAUUUACAAGAAGAUAUCGGCUUAAUCACUUACGAUACCAAAGACUUGUUUGUAAGGCUCCUCACUCCCACAUUCUUCGUGAUCAUCACAGUUUUGCAAAUUCAUUAUUUCCACCAUGAUUUCCUCGAAGUUACGAACAUCAAAAGAGUUGCUGAGGCUGCGAGAAAAGAUAGCCUUGGUCAUUCGCCAAGUACAGUACCGAUAGUAUCCCCCACUGAAGUUUUUGCGUCCGAUCAUGACGAUCAACGGCAUGUAUUUACUCUGAAGGAGCUGAAACAAAUGUCGAAAUUGGAGAGACUCGCGCUAAUGCGAAAGAUAUCGAACCAUCUGUACAAUUUUUACAAUCACAUUUGGCUCUUCCUAGAGAUUCAUAUGCAGAAAAUCAUUUUUAUCUCCUUUGUACUUUUGUGCAUCGACGACGUUUGUGCCAUCAAUUUCUUCUUCAUUCUGACAAUAGCUAUUUCGAUAAACUUCAGACGUACUGCUCAAAUAAUGGUAAUCAACGUUAUGGCUACAGCAGUCGCAGUUUUGAUGGUCAUCAAAAUGCUUUAUCAAAUCGACUACAUUAAACACGAUGAGUGGAAUCGUAAUUGCACCGAGCAUAUCCAAGGCAACUCUACGACAAAUGCAACUGAUAUAAUUAAGACCUACAACAUGGCCGAGUGGAUCGGAAUGAAAAAAGUCACCGACACUAUGAAACUUCCGAAGCUUCUAGAGGGUUACAUCGGUAUAAUAACGGUAACAACUUUUCGAGCGAUAAUUGCCGUCCGCCAGUGGUUCUAUCGCCAAGAAAACAAUGAAUCGCUUGAGACACCAAUGGUCAUGUUCCCAAAGAUCAAAAGAGCAGACGCAGAUAAAGGAAUAGUGCCCUGUAUCAAGUUCCUGUUCAACUACGGUUUUUACAAGUUUGGCCUGGAAUUCUGUCUGAUGGGCAUCGUUGCCCUUAUUGGAAGCAGACUAGAUUUUUACUCGGUUCUGUACAGCAUUUGGUUGAUGAUUUUAUUCUCUAUGAAUAGGCAGACUACGUUGAGAGUCUGGCCGUUCUUGAAGUUUUUCGCUGUGGUAUCGUUGCCGCUGCAGUAUGCGCUUGUCGUUGCACCACCCACGUGGCUAUGCAUCGAUUAUCCAUGGCGAGAUUCGGACAUUUUGAGGGGCUUACAGGAAUGGAUGUUUUUGCCGGAUCCAGAUUCUCGACCAAACCCGAAAAAACUAAUGUGCGACUUCAUCUUACUGCUGAUGAUAGUUCGUCAAAGUCUGGUCUUCCGAAUAGAACAGCGCAGUGCAUCGAGUGGACAAGAGUUUGUGGCGGGCCACAACUACUCAGUCUACAAAGAUAUGGAGAAGCCAAGUUUCGUCAAUCCAGUAAGAGACUACGUCUCGCAUAUACACAACUGGCUGGAUGUCUUCAAGCGUGGAAGUAUGAUGAGUUUGAUGUGGAUCACGUUGUCCAUCAUGUUCCUGGCUGGUACUAAGAGGACAAACUUGUUCUCACUGGGAUAUUUGAUUGGAGCUUUUGUAUUCUUAUGGCAAGGCAGUGACUUUUACCUUAGACCCCUCAAGACUAUUCUGAAGUGGUGGAACAUACUGAUCGGUUACAAUAUUUUUGUUAUUUUCUGCAAAACAAUAUUCCAAGGCAUCGGAUGUGUAUUCAUCCAAAAUCUUGAAGCAUAUGCUUGUUGGUGUAUCCAAUUGCUGGGCAUAGCUUGUUUAAAAAAGUUCGAAAUUUCCGACGAACAAUUUAAAUCCAGCUCUACCUGUGAUGUGGACCGGGAAGACAUCGGCAUGGUUUGGGACGGACUGUGCUUCGGCUUUCUACUGCUUCAAAAACGCCUGUUCCGCAGUUACUACUUCUUCCACAUAGUAGACGAGACCAAAGCAAUGAGUAUUCUAGCCUCAAGAGGGGCUGAGUUAUUGGAAGAACUUCAUCAGAAACGAAUUCAAGACCAAGAGGAUCAAGAGAAGGCGGUAUUGCAAAAAAUUAAAUUCAAAAUGGACAAGAUCAAGGCCAAUCAGAGAAAGAUUCAAGGUCCGAGUUACAAGGAGCCUAGAACUCACAAAAUCGAUACUUUGUAUAGGCAGCUUGAACGGCCGUUGUACAUGCAUAAUAGUCCAAAGACACACGUACAGGCCAUCCGAUCGGGAGAUUACUACAUGUUCGACGACAUGGACGACGACGACUUGACCGAUUUACAACCCGAGAAGGACAUAUUGGAAGAGGAAAAUCAGCGUCGCGAGCGUGAACAGAGAACUCGCCGAAUGACCAUAUCUGAGCUGAUGAACACGCUGAUUAAAACAGACAUUGAAAUAGCGACGCAUGUCGCGCUGUACGGAGGAACGCAAAAGGACGCCAUGAAAAUCCGACGUAGGAGUGUGCCGCUGACCCGCAAGAAAUCAUCCAUGUCCUAUCUGAGCGCUCGUUCCGAUACCGACACUGCCGCGGCUACCGAUCUGCCCGAACAAGCGAGCCUCAGUUCAGCCAUCGAAGGCGACGAUCUAGACGAGGAUCUAGACAAGAUUUCGGAGAUUGACGACGUCGACGCCUCCAAAUCCAAAGAAGAAACGGAUGAGCCCAAGGUCUCUUUCCUAACGUACUUCAGAUUCAUUUGGGCAUUUAUCAACAGCACCAUGGUGUCCAUGACCAGGUACUUAAAUCGCUACUCCAACGAUUACCGAUACGUCAGAAAGGUGUUGGCUAAGGAAAAGAAGCUAUUAAAGGCCAAACCAGAUUUCCGAAUGGGCACACGUCUGGGAAUAAGUCAGAUAUGGCAGCCGUUGCCGAUAGUCAAACAAAGAUCACCCGUUAAUGGGAAUCCAGACGACAUUGUCGAUGACCCCGGCGAAGGACCAAGUACCAGAGAUGACCGGAGUAGAAAGAGUAGGAAGGAAAGUUCGCUGUCAGUGCCACACAUCCGAAUUUUAGCGCCAAGUUUGGAGCGAGGAUUGGACAUAUCCUCCUCUAGCUCGCUAUUCUCUCAUGGAGUUGUACAACGCAGUGAGGACGACGAGGCGGUUCUGUCCGAGGUGGACCAGCCUCCGAUUAUACAAUUAGCCGCUUCCGUCUGGUUCGGUAUCCUGGCCCACUCGACGUUCCUGUGUUACUUCAUGGUCUUCUUGCAUCAAAUCAAGAACGCCUCGAUCCUGUCAACGCCACUACCUUUGAUGGUGUUCCUGUGGGGAUCGCUGACCAUCCCGAGACCGUCCAAGACUUUCUGGAUCACACUCAUUGCUUACAUCGAGGUCAUAGUUAUAAUAAAAUGUAUCUGCCAACCUGCGUUCCUCUACUGGAACAAAAAGGAAAUGUCGUCCUACCCCUUCGAAAUCCCGAGGAUCUUAGGAGUCGAACGAAAACCAAAUUAUGCCCUAUGGGAUUUGCUACUUCUUCUAGUUGUAUUUUUCCAUCGGUUCAUGCUGAAGUCCUUAGGACAGUGGACGACGCCAUCCUUGAAGACUCGAAAAAUUAUUCCAUCAGGUCUCACAGUCGCCGCUGUAAGACAACCGAGUGCAGAUAAGGAUGAAAAUAAAGCGGUGGUCGCGCAGCAGCCUACACAAGAAGAGGAAGCAGGGGGCACAACGAGUAACGUAAAUAAUGAAAUCACGACACCGCAAGGAAGAACAUUGAGCUUGCAGUUGGAGGUACCUGGGGAUACUGAAAACAAUUCUCCACCAACCGGUGACAACGAAAAGCUCGUCGUUAUUCAGGCGUCGGAACGAAGUCUGGUAGAAGAAGAUUUCCAGAAAGCAAUGCGUUUAACGCUUUCUAAAUACUUGGAGCCCAUGAGAAGGUUCUUUGCAAAUAUCCUCGACCAAUCGGGCAAAGAGAAGACAAACGUCUACGCUUACAUGUUCCUUUGUGACUUCUUUAACUUCAUUCUUUUGAUCUUCGGAUUUUCGUCCUUUGGGGCACAGCAAGGCGAUGGAGGCGUCGCGACGUACUUCGCAGAGAAUCGAGUGCCAAUGCCAUUCCUGCUUAUGUUGUUGCUACAAUUCGCAUUGAUAGUCAUUGAUAGGGCGUUAUUUUUGAAAAAAUCUAUCGCUGGAAAGCUGAUAUUCCAGUACUGCCUGGUAGUCGGUGUUCAUAUUUGGAUGUUCAUUAUCCUGCCAAGCGCUACAGAGAGGCAAUUCAAUACGAAAGUCAUACCCCAAAUAUGGUACAUGGUGAAGUGUUUCUAUCUACUUCUCGCAGCUUACCAAUUACGUCUUGGCUAUCCCACUCGUAUACUAGGCAACUUUUUGUGCAAAAAGUAUACCAUUGUUAAUUAUACUCUAUUCAAAGGAUUUAUGGUCGUUCCAUUCCUGUUCGAAAUGAGGGCUGUCAUGGAUUGGAUCUGGACCGACACGUCAAUGACGGUGAUGGACUGGUUCAAGAUGGAAGAUAUCUUUGCCAACAUAUACCAAAUAAAGUGUAUGCGCGGCUUAGAAACUGAUUACCCUCAAGAGCGCGGCAUAAAGAAGGCCCAGAUGAGCAAAUACCUCGUAGGUGGUGGUGCGCUCUUCCUCAUGAUCGGCAUGAUCUGGUUCCCACUACUUCUCUUCGCCUUGGGUAGCACCGUCGGCAUCUCCAACCUUCCCUACGAAGUCACCCUAAAUAUGAAGAUUGGAUCAUACGAACCGAUCUACACGAUCUCCGCACAGAACAGUUCCAUCUUCCAGUACAGCGAGAAGAACUUCAAUGACCUAAGAGAGCUGUAUGAGGUAACGCAUCGUGACCGAUCCGCCGUGACUUUCCUCGAGAACUACAUCAAUACGGACGUGGCAGCGGUGAAACUCAGUACAGAGUCUGGUAGACUAUGGAACAUCUCACCACCGGAUAAAAAUCGGUUGAAAGCUGAGCUGAUGUCAGACAAUAUCGUGACGAUUCACGUGGAGUGGACUGUGUCGAAGAAACCGGCAUCGAAAGACACUUCUGGGGUCACGUCAAACACCAGGGAUAUAAAGCUGGAACCGUUCGUUAACGGCGUGAUCAAUCCGGUGAGGAAAGAUCUAUUGGACGCGUUGAACGGUAUCGGAGAUAGCAUGGAACCUAUGGCUGGAAACAAUGCUACAGACGUGGUGAUAUCGGGUAAUGGGGCCGGAAAUCAAUCCGACAUUAAGAGCAAGAGCGUGUUACUGCAAAACGUACUGCCGAUGUUCCUGAAGGUCACCAGUAGGACCACUUCGGUCGUACCACAACUGAUGAAGCCACUGGUUCAGUUCAAUAAAAACAAGAUCAACUUUGACGCCGAGGACGAAGAAUCGAUGAGCUACCUGUAUAGAGACGUAACGCUGGUCGUGACUAACAACUCGAUCAAUCAACAAUGGUUCGCCGUUCAUGAAGCUUGCAAUGACUCGAUCUACAACACAACUCUGAACGAGAUCCCGUUGAACGACUGCUCGUACAUCAUGAUGUUCUUGUUCAACGACAAGGUUUUCCCGGAAGGUCUCAGUUUCAUCAGUGGAUUGGGAAUAUUUGGACUGUACACCACAGCGGUCAUUUUGGUGAGCAGCUUCAUUAAGAAGAUGGUCAGUGAUAUGGCACCAAAGAUCAUGUUCGAGGACCUACCCUAUGUCGAUCGGAUACUCAGACUCUGUCUGGACAUCUACCUGGUGCGAGAAAGCGGAGAUCUGUGUCUCGAGGAGGAUCUGUUCGCGAAACUCGUUUUCCUCUAUAGAUCGCCGGAGACGUUGAUCAGGUGGACGAGGCCACCAGAACCCGGCGAACGAACGGACGGCGACGACGACGAUCAGAACUACAACGAGAUCGACGAAAACGGUGGAGACGAAGUAGACGACGGCGAGGAAAGUCAAUUGCGAAGGAGACUGCACGACGAAGAGCGUAGCGAAUGAGCUGCCAGAUAUUAAUUUUAAUUUAAAACGUAUUUCUCUUUAUAUUUCAAUCAAUUUGUAAAGAGUAUCUCGUUUACGGGCUUUUAUCAAAAUUUUCGAUGCGCUAAUGUUCGAAGAAUCUCUGAGUAUAGUUGAUAACGCGAAAAAGGAGAGUACGUUCCUAUGGUCUAAGCAUAGAAAUAUCAUAGUUUUUAAGAGUGUUACUGAACGAAUGCUUACAGCGCACAUAACGCUGAGUAUAACGAUAUUAUGUGUGGUGUACGGAAAAAAUCAUUGCAGAAUCGAUGAUGGACCAGUUAUCGAGACGUAUCUAAAAAUCAAUUCGUUAUAGAAAGUUUAAAAACUUAUUAGACGUUUUCUACAAAAGUGUAGCAAUUUUAUACACUCGUGAAAGUCAUUUAUACAUCGUGCGUCAUAAACAUGCUUCAUUACUUUACAAUUAUGAAACGCAUCUUUUUUUAUUUUUUUAUUACACAACUAUUGCAUACAUGCAUGUCAUUUUCAUGAGAUUUGUGCGGAAUCAUGUUGUAGCUUCUUUUUUUUCUUAUUUACACAUGAAUGUUUAUUUAGCAAAGCCUUUUGUAAAUUCAUCAAAGAAAAUGUACAUAUUCUGAGAUUUAUAAUUUAACUAAGUGUAGCAUAUAAAUAUUAUUGAUAUUGUCUUAAUAAUAAAUAAUAUUCUUAUGUA